AUGCCCCCUAUAACCUUCAUAACCUCCAACCCCAACAAACUGCUCGAAGUAACCGCCAUCCUCCCCAACACCAUCUCUCUCACGCACCGCGCCCUCGACAUCCCCGAGAUCCAGGGAUCCCUCGAAGAGAUAGCCAUCGCCAAAUGCCGGCGGGCUGCUGAGAUCAUCCAAGGACCAGUCCUGGUCGAGGACUCGGCGCUGGAGUUUCGCGCGAUGAAGGGAUUGCCGGGGCCAUACGUUAAAUACUUCUUUGAAGCGCUCGGAAACGACGGGCUGAACCGUCUACUAGACGGGUUUGAUGACCGCACGGCUGAGGCAGUGUGCACCUUUGGGUAUUCGCCUGGGCCUGGAAGACAACCGCUGUUGUUCCAGGGGAGGAUCACGGGUGUUAUUGUUCCGCCGCGGGGGCCGCCGGUUUUUGAAUGGGCUGUCCCAUCGAUACAAAGCCCUGGUCAAAUUCCAAGAGUGGCUGUCGAGUACGAGUCUGCGGUAGCAUCUACUUCUUAA